CCUGCAGGUCCCCGGACCCUGGUUUGUGAACGAGUGCUCCUGCAGCCUACGGGUGACAGGAACAGGAUCACCACAGUGGGAUGGAUGAGCGCCAUAUUGCGCAUGGUUGAACAGAGGAAAGGGGGAAAUCUGCGGCUGCCUGUGAGCUUCGGACAAUCAUCUCAUCUCCAGACCUCACCAGCUGUGGAAGGCACACGGAGCUCUGGUCUCGGUCUUUGGAAACACUUUUUUUUAAUUUAACAACUCCAAGCAUAGAGCAAGGAAAAGGACAGAAAAAUGCCUAAAGCGGUCAAUGUUCGCGUCACCACCAUGGACGCUGAGCUGGAGUUUGCCAUCCAGCCCAGCACCACCGGCAAACAGCUGUUUGACCAGGUGGUAAAAACCAUUGGCUUACGUGAGGUCUGGUAUUUCGGACUUCAGUAUAUGGAUGGCAAAGGUUACUACACUUGGCUAAAACUGGACAAGAAGGUGUCAUCCCAGGACGUGAAGAAGGAGAACCCGCUGCAGUUCAAGUUUCGGGCCAAAUUCUUCCCGGAGGACGUGUCUGAGGAGCUGAUCCAGGACAUCACCCAGAAGCUUUUCUUCCUGCAGGUGAAGGAGGGCAUCCUGAGCGACGAGGUUUACUGUCCACCAGAGACAGCCGUGCUGCUCGCCUCCUACUCUGUUCAGGCCAAGUUCGGAGACUACAACAAAGAAGUCCACCAGCCUGGAUACCUGCUGUCUGAACGCCUGCUGCCACACAGAGUCCAGGAGCAGCACAAGUUAUCUAGAGAACAAUGGGAGGAGAGGAUUCAGGUGUGGCACGAGGAGCAUCAUGGGAUGCUGAAGGAGGACGCUAUCCUGGAGUACCUGAAGAUCGGCCAGGAUCUGGAAAUGUAUGGAGUCAACUACUUUGACAUCAAGAACAAGAAGGGAACAGAGCUGUGGCUGGGAGUGGACGCCCUGGGACUCAACAUUUAUGAGAAGGACGACAAAUUGACCCCAAAGAUCGGCUUCCCCUGGAGUGAGAUCAGAAACAUUUCCUUCAACGAUAAGAAGUUCAUCAUCAAGCCCAUCGACAAAAAAUCUCCAGACUUUGUGUUUUAUGCACCGAGACUGCGCAUAAACAAGCGCAUCCUGCAGCUGUGCAUGGGCAACCACGAGCUGUACAUGCGUCGCCGCAAGCCAGACACGAUCGAGGUGCAGCAGAUGAAGGCGCAGGCUAGAGAGGAGAAGCAACAUAAACAGAUGGAGAGGGCCCAGCUGGAGAACGAGAAGAAGAAGAGAGAGGCCAUCGAGAGAGAGAAGGAUCAGAUGGAGCAAGAGAAUCAGGCUCUGUUGAUGAGGAUGCACCAGUUUGAGGAGAAGACCAAGAAGGUGGAGAGAGAUCUGCAGGACCAGGUCCAGAGAGCCGUGCUGCUGGAGGAGGAGCGGAGGAGAGCCGAGGAGGAGGCGGCUCGUCUGGAGGCCGAGCGUCAGGCCGCUCUGUUGGCUAAAGAGGAGCUGGCCCGCCAUGCUGAGGACCAGUUGAAGAGUCAGGAGCAGCUGGCUGCAGAGCUGGCAGAGCACACAGCGAAGAUCAGCCUGCUGGAGGACGCCAGGAAACUCAAGGAGGAGGAGGCCAACUCCUGGCAGCUCAGGGCCAAGGAGGCCCAGGACGAUCUGAUAAAGACCAGGGAUGAGCUGCACAUGGUGAUGACGGCGCCCCCGCUGCCUCCACCUCCCCCCAUGUUCGAGCAAUUGGACGAUAACAGCGACAGCGAGGAGAACACCAGCACGAACAGCGCCGACCUGCAGACUGAAGGCAUCAACGACCACCGCAACGAGGAGGAUCGCCUGACUGAGGCGGAGAAGAACGAGCGCGUCCAGAAACAGCUGAAGGCCCUGACCUCAGAGCUGGCUCAGGCGCGUGACGAAUCCAAGAAUACCCAGAACGACCUUCUUCACAGCGAGAACGUCCGGGCCGGCCGAGACAAAUACAAGACCCUGCGACAGAUCAGGCAGGGCAACACCAAGCAGAGGAUCGACGAGUUCGAGUCCUUAUAAAAAAAAAAAAAAAAAAAGCCUUCGGCCCACGCGCCCUUUCUGAAUGGUCCCUACAUCUCGGCCGACACACACGGACACACACACACAAACACGCUCAUGUACGACACGCGUCGGUCAGACUCAGCCGGAGCCGUACAAACAUCACUCGCAGAGAGACGCACUCCUGUCGCGAGUGUGCAGAGCUUUGCAAAUCCUUUGAAGAAAACUUAGUGCCAAAACCUUUUCUCUUCUUAGUGUUUCAGAUCCUAUUCGUGUAUUUGAUUGUGCGUAAUUGGAACAAAUUCAGACCAAAUGAUUAUUGUUUUUAUCCAGAGGUGUGAUGAAGUAGUGGGACUAGCCAAAUCUUCUUAUUAUUAUUCUCAUUAUUCCAUGAUGUGCACGUGUAAUAUGUAAUCAAAGCCUCGCUUCUUUUUGAUGUCUGUCGUCGUGCGGGAAGAAAAGGACACUUUGUCGUUUAUAGCGACCAAUCAGAAAGGGGGGGAAAGUAUACGCAGAAACGUGUACGUUUGUUUUAUUUGAACACUUCCAUUUAUGUUUAAUAUUGCUAUACAGUAGUUUAAAAAGAAUCAUCCCUAGUUUGAUAUUUAUACUGUAUACGGGACAUUAAAAAGGGUAUUUCAUCUUGGUUUGUAUAUUUUUGCUAUAUACUAAUGAUAAUGAAACAUUUAAUAUGUUUUAUAUAUUGACCAAAAUAGUAGCAGUCUUAUGUUCCAUACGUUUUCCUUUUUAGAUCACUAAAUUAAAGAGAUUUAACUGUAAAUUAUUAUUAUUUUUUACUGUAGGAAAUGUCCAGCUGCAUGCCAUUAAAUCAGUUACGGAGAUUGAUAUCUAUCUAGGUACUUUUAAUUAGUUUUUGUUUUGCCGUGCAGUUCACAGCACGCUGAGGACUGUCUCUGUCCUCAGAGCGCUGUGUUGACUGGGACACUUUUAAUAUAAGUUUAAUAUAUUUUAUUUCUCUGUUCUGUCACGUCGCUGUUGACUGAGAGAUGAGCACGUGUUGUGUGCUCGUACCCUCCCGAGUGACCUUCCUCUCGGACUGUCCCUCCGCAGGGAUCAGUGCCAAGACAGUUGGUCUUCACUUCGUAGCCAAGGUGCUUAGUCACAAAAACUUUAGUUAUUUUAGUGUUAAACCUAAAGAGGGUUGAGGUGAACGUUACAAAGAGUUUUCAUUUUUGCAAGGUGGGUCACAAUGGACAGACGCAGACAGUACAACACUCUGCUCUCUCUGGACGUGCAGAGUAGCAUCUACUGACACUGUCAUGGAAACAGCUCUGCUGGCCUUUGUAUAUGAACAGGAUUUUAUAAUGAGGUGUUCAACAUAUUGGCAAUAAAAGAAAAUCUGAUUACA